AUGGCCACCUGCCACGAUCCCGAGGGUUGGCAGGCAGUCUCGCGUCUAAGGGACUUUGAUCUCACACCCUGCUUUGAAGAGGGUCUGCUUCUGUCCUCUUUGCUUUCUGUCGCAUUCGCGUUCACUUUGUUAAGGUCACUGGCUGUUUGUCUCAAGCAGCCAUUAGAGCGAUCUCGCAGAAGCAUCUGGAAUUUGAGGAUAAAACUCUUUUUCCUUUUCUUAUCGUUCAUUGCCAGCUUUGUGAAUGUACUACUCAUACUGACUCAGCACAAUGUUGUCCCGGUUAUUCAAGCCUACAUCUUGGAACCCUUCGCCAUCUUGUCAAUUUUAAUUUUCACGUUCUUCAACCACACUAGAACCAGGACUGCGUCGACUUUUCUUCUCAUCUUCUGGCCGUGUUACGCACUUGCAUGUGCUAUCUGGGCUCGCACGACCCUGUUGAGAGAUCCCGAUUCAGUAACCACCAUCGUGUCACUCAAAACGGUGUCUCUCGGUCUAGGGCUCAUAUCUUACGCAGUCGAGUGCCUCGGUAGUGAAAUAGAUCCCCCCGCAGACAAAGCCGUCAAAGAAAACCCCAUCGUCACAGCCAAUAUCUACAGCGUUUGGACCUUCUCAUGGAUGACGGCGCUCAUGAAAAAGGGCGCCGUGAGAGUGAUCACAGAAGAUGAUCUCCCGCCAUUGAGAACAUUUGAUGAAUCUGUCAACCUCGGUAACGACCUCAAAAAAGCGAUGGAAAGACACACUCUUUGGAAGGCGCUGUUCAUUGCUUACGGAGGCCCAUAUGCUUUUGCGGCUUUUUUAAAAGUAAUCCAAGACUUCUUGGCAUUCCUCCAACCCCAGCUUCUCCGCCUCCUAUUGGCGUACAUUUCAUUAUACCAAGAAACGAGGUUCCACCCUGAACAGAGGCCUAGUAAAUGGGAAGGUUUUGCACUCGCCGCCGUGAUGUUUGUUGCAUCCGUGGUACAGACAAUAAGUCUCAACCAGUACUUCCAACGAACAUUUGAAACUGGCAUGCGCGUCAGGGCAGGCCUUGUUACUGCUAUCUAUACCAAAGCGCUGGUCCUUUCAAAUGAUGAACGGACUCGCGCAUCGGGUGACAUUGUCAAUUUGAUGUCUGUGGACGCGACGCGGUUGCAGGAUCUUUGUACAUAUGGACUUAUCGCCAUCUCUGGUCCUUUGCAGAUCACUCUCGCCUUUGUAUCGUUGUACAAUCUGUUGGGCUGGGCAGCCUUUGUUGGGGUAGCAAUCAUGAUUGUGUCUAUCCCUCUGAACACCUUUAUCGCCCGUAUUCUCAAGCGAAUGCAAGAGGAACAGAUGAAAAACAGAGACAAGCGCACUCGCCUAAUGAGCGAGCUAUUGGCCAACAUUAAAAGCAUCAAACUCUAUGCUUGGGAAUACAGUUUCAUUCGCAAGAUCUCCGACGUUAGAAAUAACCAAGAACUCAAGAUGUUGAAAAAAAUUGGAAUCACGACAUCCUGGAAUAUGGCUCUUUGGAGUGGGAUUCCGUUGCUUGUAGCAUUCAGUUCUUUCGCCACUGCAGCUGUGACUUCAUCGAGACCGCUCACGUCCGAUGUGAUCUUCCCCGCGAUUUCGCUCUUCAUGCUUCUCCAAUUUCCAUUGGCUAUGUUUAGUCAAGUGACUUCGAACAUCAUCGAAGCUGUCGUAUCAGUACAACGCCUUGCGUCGUUUCUUUCAGCCGACGAACUUCAAGUCGACGCUCGAAAACUCAUCGAGAAACCCAACCUUCAACUUGGCGAAGAAGUGUUAUCAAUUGUUGAUGCAGACUUCUCAUGGUCAAAAACUAACGUAGAGCCGACCCUUGAAGGAAUAAGUCUUUCCGUCAAAAAGGGGGAACUGGUUGGUAUCUUCGGCCGUGUUGGCGCAGGAAAGUCGAGCUUACUCUCUGCUAUCAUUGGAGACAUGAAUCGUAGGGAAGGUACGGUUACACUCUAUGGGAGUAUUGCUUAUGCGCCUCAGAACCCUUGGAUUCUUUCGACCACUGUGCGCGAGAAUAUUCUGUUCUCCCAUGAAUACGACGAAACGUUCUACAACCUUGUGAUUGAAGGGUGCGCAUUAGGACAAGACAUAGCGUUGUUGCCUCAAGGUGAUCUCACUGAAGUAGGAGAAAAGGAUAAUAUCAUCGGUCCGAAUGGCCUUCUCUCUACCAAGGCACGUAUUCUAGUGACAAACAGCAUCGCUUUUGUCCAUCAAUUCGAUACCAUCGCCUUCAUUCGACGAGGUAUCAUGUUGGAAAAAGGUUCUUUCCAACACCUCAUUGCGAAUCCUAACAGCGAAAUAUCAAAAUUAGUAAAAGGUCAUGGCACCAGUAACAAUACAUCCGGGUCUUCAACGCCGUUCCAUUCCAGCGGAAGCGCCACGCCGAGUGGUGAAGACCUUUCCCAGGCAGAAUAUCUCAAAGAUAAUGUGCAAGCCAACAUUCUAUCAGAAAAAUUGCGCCAUAGGCAGAGCUUUGAGAAGGCUCGGCUUACCACCAAUCUGACUACACAAAAAGCUUCUCAAGGGCUUUCGAAGGAGCAUCAGGAGCAAGGCCGGGUGAAAAUUGAGGUUUACAAACAGUAUAUCAAAGCCGCUUCGAAAACUGGCUUUACUUUCUUCCUGUUCGCAACUGUCUCUCAACAGGCUGCGUCUGUAUUGGCUACUUUAACAUUGCGUUACUGGGGAGAACAUAAUCGGGAAGUAGGCGAUAAUUCUGGCAUGUUCAAAUAUCUGCUCGUCUAUGGCCUAUUUUCUCUUUCCUCGAGUUUACUUGGGGCCUUGUCGGCUAUCACCAUGUGGGUAUUUUGUGCACUCCGAAGUUCAAAAAGGCUCCAUGAUGCGAUGCUUGAUUCGCUGAUGAAAGCGCCCUUGAGCUUCUUUGAACUCACACCUACUGGACGAAUUUUGAACCUCUUUUCGCGCGAUACUUAUGUUGUGGACCAAAUCCUCGCCCGAGUGAUUCAAGGCUUGUGCCGAACGCUUGCUGUGUGUUUGUUCAUUAUUAUCGUCAUCGGUACUAGCUUCCCGCCAUUUUUAAUUGCCCUUUUCCCUCUCGGAUGGUUCUAUUUGAGGGUCAUGAAGUAUUACCUUGCUACCUCUCGAGAACUGAAGCGCAUUGAUGCGGUGACGCGGUCGCCUAUAUUUGCUUGGUUUUCUGAAUCUCUAGCUGGACUGUCUACCAUUCGUGCUUUCCACCAGCAAUCGGUCUUCAUUGGGAUUAACCAAAAGCGCAUUGAUCACAAUCAAAUUUGUUACCUUCCAAGUAUUUCCGUUAAUCGCUGGCUAGCAGUUCGACUCGAGUUUGUUGGGGCCAUGAUCAUCUUGAUUGUUGCCUGUCUUGCAGUAUCUGCAUUAAUUACUACAGGUGUUGACGCUGGCCUUGUGGGAUUGGUCCUUUCGUAUGCUUUGAAUACAACCUCUUCGUUGAAUUGGGUAGUCCGAUCGGCUAGCGAGGUAGAACAGAAUAUUGUUAGUGUGGAACGAAUUUUGCACCAGACAAACAUAGAACCUGAGGCACCACAAGAGCUUCCUGAUGCAAAGCCCAGCGACGAGUGGCCAUCAGAGGGCUCUAUCGAGUUUAGAAAUUACUCAACUCGAUACCGAGCCGGAUUGGACUUGGUAUUGAAAAAUGUCUCAGUUAACAUUAAACCAAGGGAAAAAAUUGGAGUUUGCGGCAGGACUGGAGCUGGAAAAUCCUCACUUUUACUCGCCCUCUUCCGAAUUAUUGAACCUGUUUCUGGGACCAUAUUGAUUGAUACUGUGGACAUCACAAAGAUAGGAUUGCAUGAUUUGCGCUCAGCUUUAUCUAUUGUACCACAGUCACCCGAUUUGUUUGAGGGAACAUUGCGUGACAAUAUUGAUCCCAUUGGUGCACAUUCGGAUGCAGAAAUAUGGAUUGCACUGGAGCAGGCACAUUUAAAAGAUUAUGUUGAAACGCUACCAGAGAAAUUGGAUGCACCAGUUCGUGAAGGUGGUUCUUCAUUGUCGGCUGGACAGAAGCAAUUACUUUGCUUUGCUCGAGCAUUGUUGCGCAAGUCUAAAAUAUUGGUUUUGGAUGAAGCUACUUCUGCUGUUGAUUUGGAUACAGAUAAAGCUAUUCAAGAAAUUAUUCGUGGACCGGCAUUUGCAAAUGUCACUAUGCUGACUAUUGCACACCGCUUAAAUACUAUUAUGGAAUCAGACCGAGUAUUAGUUAUGGAUGCUGGAAAGGUGUCAGAACUUGAUACACCCAACAAUUUACUAGGAAAUUCUUCUUCAAUAUUUUAUUCUUUAGCUAAAGAAGCAGGAUUAGUAUAA